UGCUGAGGCAUAUCCGGAAGGACCCAUUCUUAGGAUUUUUAUUAAGAUUCGCUCCGUUUAAAUAUCUUUUCUUUUCUUUUUCUUUUUUUGCUCCUUUGCUCUCAACUAAAAAAAAAAAAAAGAAACUGUACAUAAAAAAAUGAAUUUUGGACUUGAACGCAUUCAAAAUUUAUUGGAAGCCCUUGGUAGACCAGAUGAACGAACUCAAAUUGUUCAUGUAGCAGGAACGAAUGGAAAGGGAUCGGUCUGUGCUUAUAUUUCUUCCGUUCUUCGCACUUGUGGAUACACGGUUGGACGUUUCAACUCGCCUCACUUACUAGAACCUCGCGACAGUAUCAAUGUCAAUGGCCAAGCCAUUUCUCAACAAAUGUACGACGAAGCUUUUAGUUAUGUUGCACUCUUGAACAAGACAGGCGCUAUUGGUGCCUCCUCAUUCGAAUGUCUUGUAGGUGCAGCCUUUUAUGUAUUUGACAAGGCAAGAUUAGACUUUGUUGUUCUGGAAGUUGGUUUAGGUGGUUUGUUGGACGCCACAAACGCCAUUCGACACCCUGUCAUGACGGUCAUUACAGCCAUCGGCAUGGAUCAUGCUCAUAUUCUUGGUCACACCAUUGAAGAAAUAGCUACAGCCAAGGCAGGCAUCAUGAAGUCGGGCUGUCCUGUCGUCAUUGCACCGCAAGAUUCCGAAACUGUCUUGAAAACCUUAGUUGAGCAUGCCAAAACCACCGAUUCGCCCUACCAGCUUGUUCAACCAGCUCAGUUUAUUACACCGGUGUUAUGUAAGCUGGAAUUCGAUCAAUUAAAGUACACGUACGGAAUUAGGCUUUGUGGGGAUUACCAAAGAAUGAAUUCGGCCACAGCAGUUACAGCAUUGGAUUGGUUAUGUCGAUUAGGGUUGAUUCAGAUGACGCCAGAACAAUUGGCAGCGGGCAUGAAAGACACACGAUGGCCUGGAAGGCUAGAAUGGAUCACCAGUAAAGAGAAUCCAUUGAUUAUGGAAAAAUAUGGUUUGGAUAAGAUUUUAGUGGAUGGAGCACACAAUGCACCCGCAACCAUGGCUCUACGCAAAUAUAUCGAUAGCCUGAAAAAAGAAAAAGUGAUUUGGAUUAUUGCAGCCACUGCCGGGAAAGACAUUCAUGACAUGAUGGAUGGAUUGAUCGAACCCAAUGACAUUGUGUUUGCGGUAAAUUUUACCCAGCCUGCAGGCAUGCCAUGGAUUCAAAGCACAGAACCAUCAGAAAUCGCAAAAGCAAACAAAUCAAAAACUGUAGCAUGCUUGGGUUUAGAAGAAGCACUGGAAAAAGCAGCUUCAGCUUGCGGAAAUGAAGAUAUUGUCGUAUUAUGUGGCUCACUUUAUCUAGUAGCCGACCUUUACCGUAUUUUACCUCAAAAAAAUUAAUAAAAUAAUUAAAAAAACCCACAAAAAAAAAAAGAA